AUGCCGCUCACGCCUGUCCACUUUUUUUCCCAUGGAUCGACCAUGAUGAUGGGUGAAGAGUCGCGCUCCGCCGAUUACUGGAAGAAGUGCGGCGACGAAGCCCUGGCCCACGGUAUCAAGGGCGUCGUGAUCAUGGGUGCGCACUGGGCGACCAAGGCCGACACGAUCGAGGUGGCGAGCAACCUGACGCCGACCAAGUCGCCGGUAGCGUACGUGCACCCGUCCAAGUACGUGGACUACGCGCUGAACCCAGACGCGGCGACGGCAGAGCGGUGCGUGUCGCUGCUGCGCGAUGCCGGCUUCCCGGCCUCGACCAAUUCGUCGUUUGACUGGAUCCACGACACGUACAUGAUUCUGCUCCGCAUGUUUCCCAAGGGCUGUCCGCCGACGACGAUCGUGUCGAUGAACCCGCGCUACGAUCCCAACUACCAUGUGCACGUGGGCCUGGCGCUGCGGCCGUUGCGCAACGAGGGCUACCUGCUGAUCGGCUCCGGCGGCGCCGUGCACAACCUCUUCCGCAACGUCUGGACCCCAAUGAUCGUCCACGGCGACAACUUUGCCCAGCCGACGCCGCCGGCCCCUUGGGCGCUCGAGUUCCGCCAGAGCGUCGAGGACGUGGUCCGGCGCGGCGGUGGCCCCCGUCUGCGCCGUGCCGUGCCGCGCCUCAUGAAGCACCCCCUCUUCCGUGAUGCGCAUGGCACCGACGAUCACUUCAUGCCGCUCUGCUUCGCCGCCGGUGCCGCCGGCACGCCCGACGACGAGGGCGCCGUCGGCUCGCUGGGCGCUGAGGACUGGGAGCUGACCAACAUGUGCAACAGCCAGUUCACGAUCGGCUCUUGGCAAGGACACGCGCUCGUCAAGGCACAGUGA